UGUUCAAUCACGACAGCCACAUGCUUUACUUCUCCAGGCAUAAACUGUUAUUUGUGAAGGUAAAUGACAUGAUGCUCCCAAGAGCACAAUAAUCCCUCAGUGGAACAUUAGGUGCAUCACACACAUUAUGAUGCUCCCAGAUUUCAAGAGUUACCUUCGUGGCUGGAUGGGUCAUAAUGCAGCCCAGCUGACAGUAUUAGAAAUGAGAGGGCAGAUCAAGCCAAGAAGGCAGGGAGACAUGAGCAGGAGAACAGAGACUCGGCCCCAGGAGUGCUAAGCACAGCCAGCUUUAUACACCAAGGGUUGAUCCUAGAUUACUUUGUCAUUGGUAAACAGUUAAAAGCACCUGCCUACCAGCCACAUGAACUGGGACACACAGCUCAACUCCAUACUGACUGCAACAGACAGCAACGUGGCUAAAAUAAAGCAGCGUCUGAACACAACCAGCAUCUCUUCCAAAGUGGAUUUGCUGCUUGACAGAAUAAACACUGAGAAGGUUGCAUUUGAUGAGUCUCUGGCUGGAUCUCAGCACCCGUGUCCUACCUGCCUAAGUCUUCCACACUGCAGGAUGGCAACAGAGGAGCUUGCAGCCAUCAGCAGUCAGCUGCAUUCACAAGCUAAGGUCAUUGAGUCCCUCACCCAGUCGGUAAAUCGACUGAAGCAGGAGAAGGAGCUCCAGCAGCAGCAGAUCCAUCAUCUGGAAGAGGAGGUUGGUCGAUUGCAUAACAGCCCUCAGAGUGGCUUGGAGUCCCUGCUGGGGCGGAGAAUGGAAGGGCUGAAAAGCGAGCUUCGUAACUUGCGACAGCAAGUGUUUCACCAGCCGGAUGGAGAUUGCACCCCGGAUCUGUAUCCCAGCUCCAGCGUCAUGCAGGAGGUGCAUGAGAGCAAAAAGCUCCUGUGGCGAGAAUAUGAGUGUGUGAGGAGAGAAGUGGAGCAACUGAAGCACAAGCUCAACCGACAGGAGGAGGAUCUAGUCAAUCAGAUGUCUGAAACUGAUGAAAUGAAGAGAACUCAAAGUCGAUACUGCAAGAUGCUGGAAGAUUUGAUGAACAGUCACAAAACUCAAUCUGAUGACUUGGACAAAGCCAGGUUGGAGACGCGGAGCACCCAGCAGGAGCUCGGCCACAUCAGAUCUACGGUCACUGACCUGAAAGACCAAAUGAAAAAUCUGCCCUUGGAAGAGAAGUCAUACACUAAGCCUGUAGGAAAGGAAAGUGCUUAUGGGAUGGAAAGCAAUGAUUUGUCGAGAGAAGAGGAGAUAUUUUCUUCCUUCCUGAGUGAUGAUUCUGCCUCUGAGCUCAGUCUCACAGAUGUCAGCUCUGACGAGCUCUCUAGUGCCACAGAGAUUAAGGAGCCUGAAGGAUCCCAAGACCUCUCCACCCCAAGCCUGGAGCUGGAGGACAGCACCCCCAAGGAGGAGGCUGGAAGCAUGUCGGAUGAGGACCUCAGCAGUGACCUGUUUGACAGUCUGCCUGAACUUAAUCUGAGUGAUCUUUAAUGCUUAGCCAAAGAAAGCCCCCUUCUGUCAAAUAAGAAAAAUUAAAGAUGGAAAGGGAAUUGGCGUCUCAAAAUGGACAGGCUCCUCUUCUGAACUGUCGGCCACUUGGGCGGCUGGGGUGGAGGGAUGUUGCAGUGGCCCAAAGUGAUCCCUUUGCGGGGAGACGGGCUCUGCACAGCCUGGUGUCAGGCAGUCUGCACCUCCACUGACUUUGACUUUCAAGCACUCUCCAGAAGAAACCGAUUGGGCUGUGUAUUCCUGAGCUUCAGGUUGUAAGAUCUGUUCUAACUCUGUUAGCUAAAGCGCUGGGCACGUAUAUGGAGACCUGUUCUGCCCUCUCUGCAUGGGUGGGGAACAGAGCCCUAGUAGGUGAUCCAUACAUUUACUCAGGUAAGUGCCAAGAAGCCUCUAAGUGGCAGCUGAGUUUGCCAGGUGCUGGUAAAUCCCUUCCCAUGCAGGUAAUUGAAGUGGUUUAAAAAGCUCCAUUCUUGGAACAGUGUUUUCAUGUCAUUCAUAAAGGGAAAAUUGCUUUAAGGAGAAGACAGCUGAAAUGGAGAGAGGCUGCGGCCUAAAAUCCUGCCAUUCCCAUUCUUCAGGCCUUGCAUGUCUGGGGUGUUUUAAAUAAAGUUUUCCUA